UUUUGCGCGGGGUUUGGCCACCAGAUGCCGUUAAAAAGGCAAUGCCCUUUCAAGAUUCCUGUCACACCCACAUCGACCGAUCAUACUUCAUUACUCUUCGAGCUCUGUGAAAGCGUCGACCAUGGCGUCUCCUGCGUCCCCUCCCCUCAAAGUGUGCCCGAAAGUCCUGCGUUUUCUGGGUGCAGUUGGUGCUGGAAAUCUUAGCUUACUUAAGGAGUUGGCUUCGCAACUCAACGAUGGGAGGGGGAUGGCAAGAACUAUUGCGGAUGCCAAGGAUGACAAGGGACAUGGGGCGCUUCAUUUCGCCGCGAUGGAGGGCAAAAUCGAAGUGUGCAAGUACUUGUUGGAGGAGUUGAAGCUUGAUGUGGACCCGAAAGAUGUUGAGGGUGAGACUCCUCUUCAUCUUGCUGCUGGAUCGAGGCAUAUUGAAACAACAAAGUAUCUGAUAGAUCGAGGUGCCGAUUCUGCUAUACCCAACAACGAUGGUCUGACAGUAUUGCAUUACUUUGCUGGGUCAGGUAAGUCAAAUUCUGUAACAUUUGGGAACAUCGAAAUGAUGAACUUUCUACUUUCUAAAGGGGUCAACAUUGAUUGUCAAAGCUCUUCUGGCAGUCCUUUAUUUUAUUCUGCUGGCUGUGCUCAGCUAGAUGCUGCAAAAUUUCUCCUAGAACAUCAUGCUAACCCUAAUGCGGAAACUGUUGAUCGUUUAACUCCGCUCCUUGCAUCUGUCACUAUCAAAUCGCUUGAAUGCUUAAAGCUGUUGAUUCAGUGGGGUGCAAAGGUGAAUGUUACUUUUCCUGGAGGAGGAACACCUCUGCAUGUUGCUGCUUUCAUGGGGAAACCCGAUAUCAUAAGUUGCUUACUAGAAGCUGGAGCUGAUCCCAAUGUCAGAGACGAGAAUGGGAAACCACCCAUACAACUUGCAGCACAAAAAGGCAAUCGUGCAGCCGUGGAGAUUCUUUUGCCAAAGACUUCAAAAAUUAAAACUAUUCCAUGGAGUGUGGAUGGAAUCAUGGAGCACAUGCAGGCAGAAUGUGGUGAUACGCAGGAAGAGGUCGGGGAAGCAGAGGAAACAAGUAAGGAGAAGGACAACUUGUUGACAAAGCAAAAGCUCUCCGAGGAAGAAAUUGGCAAAGCAAAGGAAAAUCGUAAGGAGGACAUCUUAUUGAAAAAGGAAAAGCUCUCUGAGGAAAGUGAAGAAGCAAAGCAGAAAGCUGCCGAAGCCAAAUUAAGAGGAGAUGCGGCGGUUGAAAGAAAAGACUAUCAUGCAGCUUUAUACGCUUAUACGCAAGCAAGAGGCUUUGACCAAAACGACGCAACUUUGCUCUCCAAUAGAAGUCUUUGCUGGAUUCGCUUGGGGGAAGCAGAACAUGCUCUAGUUGAUGCAAGGGCCUGUAGAGCACUUAGACCAGAUUGGCCAGAAGCUUGCUAUCGGGAAGAGGUUCGAUGAAGCUGCUGAUUCUUUCUACGAGGCUGUCAAACUUGAUCCUGAGAAUUGGGAAAUUGCAAAUUCUUUCAGAGAAGCUUUUGGAGAUGCAAGGAAGUUUCACGGUAAGGACCAAAAGAGUUCGAGUUCGAGCAAGGCGAAGACAGAGGAUUCUGACACUUGAGCUGGAGGGAAGGUGCUUGGGAUGGCCAUGCAUCACUGCCCAGAAAAGAGACCACAAGCCCUUAUAGUAACUUUCUGUUGGAAAUUCAGGAAAGAAGUGAGGAACAUGAGUGGAGGCUAUUAAAGCUAAAAACAGGAGGCAUCAUUACUCUUCUUCUAGGUUUCAUGGAUUCUGGAUUCUGGUAUCAUAUCAUCAUGUGAGCCUGUGUUGUUUUUGCUGUUUCAUAUGUUUUGUCUAUAGACCAAAACAAGAAGUUUUUCUGUUCA